UGAAGAGCCAUUUGGCCCUAAGUGUGAAGCUCCACACACACACCUAUUUAACAGAGCAAGUCACCGCUGUGGGCAUUUGUGGCCGAGGACAGCAGAGGGAAAGGAACGGAAAUAGAGGCAACAAAGAACACACUGUUUUAAGAAGGGGACAACAAAGAGCUGAAGAGUAAAAUGUUACUUUGCAGCAGGUGAAGAAGACGAGUAAAAAGGGACAAACACAGACGACAGGGAAGAUGCUGAGCGUGGAGAUGUACCCCAGUUUGACUCUGGGACCUCAAAGGAUCGGAGAAUGCUUUUACAGGGACCGGCAGGCUCCAGCCCAAAUGCCGUUGUUCCCUCCCGCUGCCUGUGACGUGGCGGCCAAAGCCCUGCCCCCGAGGAUGCUGGUCCCUCCCCCGGCCCCCAACGACCCUUCCACCAAAACCCCAAAAGAUGAAGUGAAGAUGGAGCUGGAGAACGCCUCUUUAUGGAAACAGUUCACCUCGGUGGGCACAGAGAUGAUCAUCACUAAGAAGGGCCGACGGAUGUUCCCCGGGCUGAGGUUAAAGCUCUCCGGCCUGAACCCAUCUCUGCGUUACAUUCUCCUCCUGGACAUCAUCCCGUUGGACAACUCCCGCUAUCGCUUCCAAAGUGGUGGCUGGCAGGCCGUUGGUGGGGCAGAGGCGCGGCUACCGGACCGGGUUUUCAUCCACCCGGACUCACCUGCCACAGGUGCUCACUGGCAGAGCCGCACCAUCUCGUUUCACCACGCCAAGCUCACCAACAACACACUGGACUCACAGGGACACAUAAUCCUGCACUCGCUGCAUCGCUACCAGCCCAGAAUCCAUGUCAUUGAAGCCAGAGACGUGCUGAGGUGGGGCGGAGGGCAACACUCCUUCGUUUUCCCUGAGACACAGUUUCUCACAGUCACCGCCUACCAGAACAACAAGAUCACGGAGCUGAAGAUCAACUCCAACCCCUUCGCUAAAGGCUUCCGAGAGGACGGCAUGAACAGCAAAAAACAAAGAGAUGCAAGACAGAAGCGCAAAAUAUCUGACGUGAUAGAAACCUUGGAUAUUGUGAACUGUGAUCCAUGCGACUCCACUGAGCUUCUGCAGCAGCCAGUGACCACCGGCACAGACCUGCAGGCCCUCACUCUGGCCUCUCUGCCCCCACUGCCCAACCCCUCCUGUGGUUUCAGACCAGAGGGAGCCUGCUAUCAGGACACGCUGGUCCCGGAGCAGCCGCUAGAUCUCGGCCAGGCAUUCAUGGCAUCGCAGAUGUCUGAUAUCGGCAUCUCUAUGGCCGGUGGGAUGCAGGGCAUGCCGGGAAGUGAGGUGGCGAAUAUGAUUGAAAGAUCAGACACUAUGGGUGAACCAGCUUACACCUCCACCUUCCCUGCUGUUCAGGCCAACUCCUCUUUCCCUUCAGCUCCUCUUCCUCAGUCCUCCUUCUCCUCUCUCCCCAUCCCCGAUUCUUCAGAUACAUCCAAUCCUCAGCCUAUCGACUAUCCCUCCAUCCUCUCCUCCUCCUCCACCACCACUCCCUUGCUGCAGCAAACCUCCUUCACCUUCCCCACGCCGCCUCCUUCUAACUCCUGCUCGCCGCAGACACUCCUGUCCUCCUCCUCCCCUUCUGCCAACACCUAUCACACCAUCCCAGAGACAAUCAACCCCCAUACACCUGCGGACACCUCUUUUCCUGCACCGCCGUCCACAUGUCAGUCAGGUCUGCAGGACCAAAUAUCAGCUCAUUCUCUGCUCGCCCAACCGAAUCAGCCUCUGCAGGGCGAACCCAUCGCCAGGGGAAAUAAUUCACCCAGCGAUCAAAGCUCUGCAGCAUUUAUCUAUCCAAAUAGCCUCCCUGCAAAUCCUGAUCCUGCUCCAGUUACCGCUCAGUCUCUCCCCAACUACAACCACCCUCCGGCUCCCAGUCUGCCGUGCUCCCUGCCGGCUCACGGUGCCCCCACAUCUUUUGCCUUCCCUUCUGUCCCUCCACACAUGCAGAAUCUGUCUUUUUCAAACGUGUCUCCCGGCUCUGCCCACCACGCUCUUCACUUCCAAAAUAUGAGCCACCAAGCCCAAGCUCCAUCCCUCGCUGCGGCCUUCCCUCCCUCCUCCUUCACUCAUCCAUCGUCCUCCCUUCCUCACCCUCACCCUCCCUUCCAGCCCUCCUCUUGCUUUGCUGUCUCCUCUUCUUUCCAGCAGUCUGUCUCUUCAGCGUCCUCAAUGGCACCAACAGCCUAUCCUCAAAACAUGCCCAAUCCCUCCACCUCCUCAUACCCUCCAGUUGAAAUCGGUGGCAUCCCACAGUUCAAUCCUACUGCCCACUACCGUCCAGAGAUGGUACUGCACCACCCGUCUCUUCUCCCUCAGCUGGAUCCAUCACUUCCCUCCAAUCUUCCCUCCUCCACCCCUCCCCCAGCCCUCUACUCUGCCUUUCCUUCCUACCCUCUCCGGCUUUGUCAGGACCCUCACUCAUCCCUCUCCAUCCCAUUCAGGCAUCUGUACAGACAACACCAGCAUGGACACGCCCAUCCCCAGGGGUCCUACCUGGAUAUGAGCACAAGAGCUGUGUUUUAAAAUAUAGUAGAACGCUAAUGUUGACCAAAUGUUUUGGCUUGAUAGCGCUUUGAGGGGUUUUAGCAAUGUGUAGCAUUAUUUCA